AUGCUGAAAGCGGACGUCCCCGAAUUUAACAAGUCCGACCUGCUCGGUUUCUACCGGCAGAUGAAGCUCAUUCGCGAGUUUGAGCGAGAAUCGGAACGGCAGUACACUCGAGGCAACAUCAAGGGUUUCCUUCACGUCUAUAACGGCGAGGAGGCCAUAGCCGUCGGCGCCAUCAACACCCUGCGCCCCGAUGACUACAUCGUGACCCAUUAUCGGGAUCACGGACAAGCCCUGGCUCGCGGCAUGACCAGCAACGAGGUGAUGGCCGAGCUGAUGGGCAAGGCCACCGGAUGCAGCCGGGGCAAGGGCGGCUCCAUGCAUCUGUUCAGUUCCGACCUGAAUUUCAUGGGCGGCUACGCCAUCGUCGGUGGCCAGCUCUGCAUCGCCGCCGGAAUUGCCCUCGCCGUACAGUACCGCGGCGAUGACCAGGUUGUGCUUUGCUUCUUCGGUGACGGCGCGGUAAACGAGGGGGAGUUCCACGAGGCGAUGAAUCUCGCUGCCAUCUGGAACCUCCCCGUCAUAUUUUUCUGCGAGCACAACCUCUACGGAAUGGGCGCGUCUUCCAAGGAGACCCUCGUCAUGUGGGACUCCCUCCACGAAAUGGCGGCAGCUUAUGGGAUGUCGCGCUACGAGGUGGACGGCAACGACAUCCUGGAAGUUCAGGCAUUGAUGCAGAAAAUCAACGCCGAGGUUCGCUCCGGCAAAGGUCCCGCUUUUGUCGUCGCCCGGACCUACCGCCUUCGCGGACACUCCGUCGCCGACCCCGCUGACUACCGUCCCGAAGAUGAAGUCGACUACUGGGCCGGCCAGGACCCCAUCCCGCGUUUCCGCGGCUGGUUGACCGACGAAGGCAUCGCCACCGUGGAGGAUUUCGAGGAAAUUGACGCCAGCGUGGAAGAGGAGAUAGUCGUCGCUGCUGAAUUUGGAGAAUCGUCUCCUUGGCCUGAAUCCGCCUCGCUUUACGACGACGUUUACACCGACCGACCGACCGAAGGUAUCCCGGCGUAA